AUGAACGACAACGAGGAAUUAGAACAAGACAAUCAGCGAAGACUGAACCUCCUCUACGCAGGACGACAAGCCAACCUGCAGCGGAUUCAACAGGACUCACAAAACCCUAUGUGGCAACGACAACUCGGUGCGCUGGACGCACACAUCGAACGACGACAACAUGCACAAGGAGAUCCCGCACGGAUCCGCCAAAUCAACCAAGAACUGGAAGAACAGGUCGAAUCAGAAACGACCAAGAACACCCCCAACGACUCGGAAACACCUCGCGAUGUUGCCCGCCAACAUGCCCAACUGGAAGUCGCCUUUGAAGUCGCUUCAGUCAACGACACCAGCUCUGGAGAGGACUCUGACGAAGAAAUACAGUAG